AAAGAUAAAUAAAGAAAACAAGAAAAGAAGCGUCGAGGCCCAAAUCGCGCACGGCGGACAAACACAACUGAGUUUUCUCACGGCAGCAGAAAUUGUCUACUGAUUGAAGCCAACAGAAGUGUUAUGCUCGGCGUCCGACUCAGACUCCGGUGUUCCUCCAUGGCCGGCGUUUCUUCUUUUAUCUCAUCUUCAUCGGCUUCAGCAUCAUCCGUAGCUUGUAAAAAACUCUAUUUUCAAGUCAAUUCCAAUCGGCAGUUCUUCAAUAGCAGAGUAUCUCUCACCACGCGAAUCUCCAAUGCCUCCAUUCGGUGCUUCGCUUCCUCCUCUGGUCCCACUACCAAAAUCCCCGUUCAAAAUCCCAUCGUCGAAAUGGACGGUGAUGAAAUGACGAGGGUUAUAUGGAAAAUGAUCAAAGACAAGCUAAUAUAUCCUUAUCUAGAGUUGGAUACGAAGUAUUACGAUUUAGGUAUAUUGAACCGUGAUGCCACUGACGACCAAGUUACGGUUGAAAGUGCUGAGGCAACUCUGAAGUACAAUGUUGCUGUGAAAUGCGCUACUAUAACACCUGAUGAGACCAGAGUCAAGGAAUUUGGGCUGAAGUCUAUGUGGAGAAGUCCCAAUGGCACAAUCAGAAACAUUUUAAAAGGUACUGUUUUCCGAGAGCCUAUACUGUGCACGAACAUUCCCAGGAUUGUUCCUGGUUGGAAGAAACCCAUUUGUAUUGGUAGGCAUGCUUUUGGUGAUCAGUAUUGUGCCACAGAUGCAAUUAUUAAUGGGCCCGGAAAGCUCAAAAUGGUUUUUGUGCCAGCAAAUGGGGAAGCCCCUACGGAGUUGGAUGUUUAUGAUUUUAAAGGUCCGGGUAUUGCACUUGCCAUGUACAAUGUUGACCAGUCAAUUCGAACGUUUGCUGAAUCAUCAAUGUCAAUUGCAUUUUCAAAGAAAUGGCCUCUUUACUUGAGUACAAAAAACACAAUUUUAAAGAAAUACGAUGGAAGGUUUAAGGACAUUUUUCAAGAGGUAUACGAAGAGAAGUGGAAGCAACAGUUUGAGGAACACUCUAUAUGGUAUGAGCAUAGACUGAUAGAUGACAUGGUAGCUUAUGCAUUAAAAAGCGAGGGUGGAUAUGUUUGGGCAUGCAAGAACUAUGAUGGAGAUGUCCAGAGUGAUCUGCUCGCUCAAGGAUUUGGUUCUCUAGGCCUCAUGACUUCUGUAUUGUUAUCUUCUGAUGGCAAGACAUUAGAAGCCGAAGCAGCUCACGGCACAGUAACAAGACAUUUUCGGCUGCAUCAAAAGGGUCAAGAAACUAGUACAAAUAGUGUUGCUUCUAUUUUUGCAUGGACAAAGGGACUUGGACAUAGGGCCCAGCUUGAUGGGAAUCAAAAGUUAUUGGAAUUUGUUCACACCCUGGAAUCUUCUUGCAUUGGGACAAUAGAGUCUGGGAAAAUGACUAAGGAUUUAGCUAUAUUAGCUCAUGGACCCAAGGUUUCAAGAGAAUUCUACUUGAACACUGAAGAAUUUAUUGAUGCUGUAGCACAGAAACUUCAAGAGAAGCUUCAUGCCUCGGCACCUAUUUAAGUUAUCCUGGAUUUUGUGUAGUGGGAAGUGAGAACAUGUAUGAGCUGAAGAAGAUCAUGAGCAGCAAAUCAUCAGACUUUUUUGCAUCGUUAACAAUACCCUUCACAGUGAACAUAAUUCUAUACACUGCCCAUUGACAUCUUUACUCUAGUUUGUUUAGUCAUUCAGAUAGGAGAUAACAGGUACGCGCAUGGUCCAUUUCUACUACCACUCAAAGGGUUGUGUAUAUUGUCUCGUGUGGAAUUAGGAUCCUUCAUAAAAAUCCAUUUUUCGAGUCACCUGUCAGCAUUAUGUCAUUGUGCUGGUGUUCCUGAAACACACUUGGUUACCAUUGCAAAAAUCAGUCAAGUGUCAACAAGGAGGAAUAAUUCUUUUGAAUAGAAAGAACCAUAUGAUUACUUCAAUGUAUUCUCCACUUGACUGGAGGCAAAUAGCUCAGUUUGGUAAAGCUCCACUCUUGCAAUUGGGCUUUUGUUACUGUUA